AUGGCUCAGGGGCAGCGCAAAUUCCAGGCUCAGAAACCCGCAAAGAGCAAGGCGGCGGCGGCCUCGGAGCGGAGCAAGGGCCCGAGGAAGGGGGGCCGUGUCAUCGCCCCGAAGAAGGCGCGCGUGGUGCAGCAGCGAAAGCUCAAGAAGGACCUGGAGGUUGGGAUCCGGAAGAAGAUCGAACAUGACGUGAUGAUGAAAGCUAGCAGCAGUCUACCCAAGAAGCUGGCGCUGCUGAAGGCCGCAGGCAAGAAGAAGGGGACAGCCUCUGCUAAAACGCCCUCCUAG